AUGGGAAUCCUUCUUGUUUUCACCCUGUGUGUCUGUUUACCCCGCUCUUUCAGUCAGUCAGUGGUACAGACCCCGGCAGCGGUGACCAGGAAGGAGUGCCAGUCCCUCAUCAUCACCUGUGCUUUCAAAGGUAAUUCUCAUCGUUUAGAGGACGGACAUUUCUUCAGUCAAACCCAGACCGGGACUGAGCGGGAGCGGAUCUCCAGCGGGGGGAGAUUUGUUGUGUCAAUGAAUAAAGCAGAAAAGAUUUUUUCGCUGGAAAUUCGGGAUGUGAGAGUUGAAGACACGGCCACCUAUUACUGCAAAGCUCAGUAUAAAUGUGGAUGUGGUUCCAUUUGGAAAGAUGGUUCUAUAGACGGAUCCGGGACAAAGGUGACUGUCACAGCUGGUUCCAGUCUCCUGAUGUUCCAGAAUCCGCCUUUACAAACCUCUGCUGUCGGUGACACCGUUACUUUAAGCUGUGAAUAUUCAGGUAUCUGUCAGUACACAGUACACUGGUACCGUCAGUCCCCAGGACAGGCUCCGGAAUAUCUGCUUCAGAGACACACUUCAGGAGAGGAGAAUAAAGAAAAUGCUGCCGGGGAGAGAAUUUCUGCUUCUAUCGAUUCUGCCGAGAAAAUCAGCCGGUUAAAUAUCUCCAAACUACAAGUGAGCGAUUCCGCUGUGUAUUACUGCGCACAAAGUCGGCGCACAGCACAGUGUACUAAAAUGAAUCAGUUCAUCCUUUUCUGCAAUAACUUGCACGUGACACUUGACCGCCCGUUUCACAGUCUGUCUAUGUGCUUUUGA